AGAUCAUUGUGUUUUGAGCUUUACGUUGUUCUUUGUAAAUAGAACGAACGGAUUUUGUCGUUAUCAACAGGAAUAGAAGAUUAUACUGAGUUUGCCGAGAAUAAUGUCAAUAUGGAGGACUUUUUCGCAUUCGAACGGCGUUUGUUCAGCUCUUACACAACUCACACAACGUCACAGUCUCAACCAAUCUAGACUAUGUACACGUUUAUUACAUAGCCAUACCAAGGCUGUAAAUUUGAAGUACCCACGACUCCGUACAAGCGCUAUCGUAAGCACCGAGCGUUGUUUACCUCAUACGAGGUUGAUAGCUUCAGCACACACAGACGCACAUCAUAUUGGUGGUUCAAAGGCACAUGUAGUCGGACCAAAAACACCCGAAUUAUUGUCAUGUACUAUAGGGCAAAUGCUCAAAGAUACCGCUGCUAAGCAUCCGUUACAAAAGGCGUUUGUGUGCAGAGAAGAGGCUGUCACGCUCACAUAUAAAGACUUGGAUGAACAAUCCGAUGUACUCGCUAGAGGAUUGCAAAAGUUGGGUGUAGCUCACGGUGACCGUGUGGGUGUGUGGCUGCCCAACUGUUCACAGUAUGUGCUGCUGCAGUAUGCCACGGCUAAGAUAGGUGCUAUACUUACCACCAUGAAUCCUGCGUAUCGAGCUGCUGAGGCGGUACAUGCGAUGAACUUGGUGGAAUGCAAGGUGCUGGUGAUCACGCCCGAGGUAUCCAGAACAAACUACGUGCAGCUGUGCGAGGAGAUGUGCCCUGAGCUCAAUGAGUCCGAACCCCGGCUACCACGCGACAAGAGUGAUGGACAAAGGCUGAAUUUAAGCGCGGUGCCGACGCUGGAGCAUAUCAUCAAUGUGAGCGAUAUGGCGACACCGGGCAUGCUUAGAUACAAAGAUGUGGUGAACUUUGGGGGCGACUGUGUAGAUAACAAUGGAGACGCGAACGGGUUGGUAUUGGAUAUCACACCAACAGCUCAGGAUGUGAUCAAUAUACAAUUCACAAGUGGUACCACGGGGAAACCCAAAGCUGCGGCCCUGACACACGCUAAUAUACUCAACAACGGACUCAUGAAUGCCGACCGAUUGGGGUACACUAUGAAUGAUAGCAUUUGCGUGCCGGUCCCCCUAUACCACUGCUUUGGCCUGGUGAUAGGGAACCUGGCUGCCUUGACCCGUGCGUGUACGGUCGUAUACCCGUCAGCGACUUUCAACCCGGAGAAGGUACUACAGGCUGUUCAUGAGGAGCGAUGCACGUCUCUGUACGGAGUGCCUACCCACUUCAUUGCCGAGCUAUCUCAUCCCAACUUCAAUCAGUACGAUCUCAGUAGUCUGCGCACCGGUGUGAUGGCCGGGAGCUCCUGCCCCGAGGAAGUCAUGCAACGGGUGAUUAAGCAGAUGCAUAUGAAAGAUGUCACCAUCUGCUACGGCAUGACCGAGACAAGUCCGGUGAGUUUCCAGACCAACCAGAGCGACCCGUUAGACAAGCGCGUGAGCACUGUGGGCCGUAUACACCCGCACCUGGAGGCUAAGCUCGUGCGACCAACCUCCGAGGAGAGUGAACCGGACACCAGUGUGCCCAAGGACGAUGAUGUGUGCGAUAUAGGGGAAGCCGGUGAGCUGUGGGUGCGAGGCUAUGCCGUGAUGAAGGAGUACUACAACGGUGACCCAAAGAACCACCCGGUCACUGACGACGGCUGGAUACAGACAGGCGACCUGUGUGUGAUGGACCAGGAGAGGUACCUGAGCGUGGUGGGACGGAUCAAGGAUAUCAUCAUCCGCGGGGGUGAGAACAUAUACCCGCGGGAGAUUGAAGAGGUGGUGUUCAAGGUGCCCGGUGUGCAGCAGGUGAGUGUGGUGGGGGUGCGCAACGAGCUGUUCGGCGAAGAGGUCUGUGCGGUGGUGGCCAUAGACGAGGACGCGUUCGACCACAGUGACCCACACAGUCCAACAGCCCACAGUUCGCAUGUGUCACUGAGUGAUGCGUUUGAUGUGGAGAUCACAGCGCGGGUGCGAGAAGCGGUGCGGAACGAACUCGCCCAUUACAAGGUCCCGUCGGUGGUGGUUGUCAUGGAGAUAGAGGACAUACCUAUCACCGUCACGGGCAAAAUCAAGAAGAAGGAACUGACACAGCAAGUCGAGAAGAUCCUGGAGAAAACACGCGCGAAGGCCCAGGCUCAGGCAUCGGCCUGAGUAUGUGCGUGGGGCUGGUAGUGCGCACAAACAAGGUCCAGGGUAUUCAGGUCGAUUUUCAAUCGUGGCAUAACUUUUAAGCCAGUCUACAGAAUUGGUUUCCCAAAUUCUGAGUGCUAUCCAAAAAUAAUUAAUGGUAUUAAUUGGAGCUUGGCUGCGUGCUAUAUCAAACUGAACUAAAAUGGAAUACAGGUUAUACUGUACAGUGCAUGUAGUAUACAUAAAUAAAAUCAAAAUAAAAAUCAAACCUGC